GAAUCACAGACCAAUCGAGAAGAGAACGUUUCCAAUAAUUUUUGCAAAAUCUGAUAUCAAAAACACAUAUCCUGGUUCUAAAAUCGGGAAAUAACCACUACUUAGUCUGCAGACUCGUUCAACGCCCCUCUGUCCAAGAUGCUGGCCGUGGCUGUGGCGAAUAACCACGAGGGAGGCGUCGGAGGCGGGUGCGGCCGACCUGCAGACGAAGAGGACCUCCUCCUGACACGCCUCCGGCAGAUGCAGAGUACGCUGCGAGAGUGCCACUGGAGACUCGACCGAACAGAUCGCUGGGCCGAGUCGCUGUUCCGAAAGGGCGAGAAGGAGGGGGCGGGAAAGGAGGACCUCGCGGCGCCUUAUUUAAACGGGAAAGAAGAGCCUCUGGAAUGCGACCCACGUGUCAGGGAAGGCGAUGUAAGUGUUGAUAAAAAGCCUCGACGUAGGGGGCUGGUAGUUCGAGAGGGCGUGUGCAAAGAGUCUAUCAUAGAGUCCGAAGUGGUGGAGGAGCUGGUGCUGAGGAAGGAGUGGGAGGACGACUUCGAUGAUUAUGGUAAUCUGUUGAUGACAGACGCCUACCUGAGAGAAGCAGAGAACACCCAAAACGCAGCGAAAGAGGUAAAAAAAAAUCCGACGGCAAAACCGAGACUCGAACGGCAGAACUCGCUGGACGUAGAGGUUAUUCCCUACACUGUUCCUGAGCCGAAGUCCGGGCCGAAAGAACAAUGUGCUGAGGACGUCGAGGAGAUCGGAGUCCACGACAUGUAUCUUAUAGAGAAGAAAAGACUUUCGCUUCCUCGGAAUUUUGACGAGAACGAGAUACGUUUUUUCAGUGCAAGUCCAGUUUCCAGCGAAUGUGAAUAUGAGAGAAUAACGCGGAGUGAGACGCCAGGAUCCAUCUGGAGAAAGCCCAGGGGAGGCAUGCGGCAGGCAAACUCCCUCCCCAAUUUUCAAGGGUGUUUCGAUUUUGGCUUGGAGUUUGCUCUCUUCAAGCAUCUCGAUUCAGUAGAGGAAUCACUCGAGAAUCUCAGACUCCAGUUUUUUACCCUGAAGGACGCCAUCACCCACAGCACUGAAGAGGACUCAGAGUUCGAUCUCCUUUUACCGGACCCCUGGUUCAUAACCGACCAGAAGGAACCCAAAACCCAGGAACCGAGAAGCAAGAGAGAUCCUAAACACAGGGAUCCAACUGACAAAACUGUCCCCGAGGAUCCUGCUGACGAAGACAAGUCUGAACACCUGAAACCCGAGGCUCCAACAGUCCCCGAACAUCGCGAUGGAAACGAACUCCCUUGCAGCACGGAAGACAAAACCGAAUCGGCCGAGAAAACGGACAAUGGAGAUCUCCGUGCGAGCUCAGCCACCCAAGAAACGACCCCAUCUUCGCUUUCCUUAGAAGAUGACUUAGAAACAACGACUCCCCACAUAACGAAGGAGAGAGAAAAGAACCAACGGACUCGCACAGACGCCAGACAGUACGAAGACUUCCAGCGAUGUUUAAUGACAGUGAUCAUAGUUUUCUUCCUCCUCCUGAUGCUGCU